UGGGCGGAGCCAAAGUGACGGCGCGAGCGCGGGUGGCGUGCUCAGUGCGCAUGCGCUGCGCCAGAAAAGUUCCGACGCGGUCAGUAGGCGCCUCUGCGUUUGCGCGGGAAGAUGGCGGAGCGGGUCCCCAAGUCGGUGCUGUUCGUGUGUCUGGGUAACAUCUGUCGAUCACCCAUUGCAGAAGCAGUUUUCAGAAAACUUGUCACUGAUCAAAACGUUUCCGAUGCUUGGACCGUGGACAGCGGUGCUGUUUCUGACUGGAACGUGGGCCGGUCACCAGAUCCGAGAGCUGUGAGCUGCCUGAGAAACCAUGGCAUUGACACAGCCCAUAAAGCCAGACAGGUUACCAAAGAAGACUUUGCCACAUUUGAUUAUAUACUAUGUAUGGAUGAAAGCAAUCUGAGGGACCUGACUAGGAAAAGUAAUCAAGUGAAAAACAGCAAAGCUAAAAUCGAACUACUUGGGAGCUAUGAUCCAGAAAAACGACUUAUUAUUGAGGACCCCUACUACGGGAACGACUCUGACUUCGAGACUGUGUACCAGCAGUGUGUGCGGUGCUGCAGGGCCUUCCUGGAGCAGGCCCACUAGCUGUCCCCCCUUGUUGCCCGUCGGGCGAGGGCCGGCGCUGCGACUCCAGCCGACCUGCUGUUUCUGGUCUUAAAACGUAGUUGUAGAUGGAAACCAGUUGUUGUGUUUGGCCAAAGAAUAAAUAAAUAUCUUGGACUCAGA